AACACUUUGGUAUCUCAUCGAAGUAACAUCGUGCUCUAAAGAGUGUAUUCCAGAGUCAUUAUUAACUAAAAAUCCAUUAGAAAUCACAAAAUUAUUGUUUUUUGAGUGUGUGCCUUGACAGUUUUUUAAUUUGUUAUACCAGCUUAUUGAUUGGUUUCUGAAUCCUAGAAGAAUAUUUUAUUAUUUUCGAAGAAUUUAUUCAGAAUUACGAUGUUUCGCUUGAUAUUUGCACUAUAGCUUUUCUAUUACAUAUACGUGGAGAUGAAAAUUCACCCUAUGAAUUAAUACCUAUAGCGACACCAAUAUUACGAGAAGAGCUGUUUCAAGCCAAACUUUACCAUGAGAUUUGGACGACGAUCCAUUUUGUCGACAUACUUGAGUUUGAAAGCCAUGCAAAUGAGAUUUGGCUUGGAUUCGAUUUAGAUCCAGUAUUAUGGGGAUGGAAGAGAACGAGUAAUAUACUACUACCUAUUAUGAAUCCUAAACCAGUUGCACCAAUCGAAUUACUAGAGAUGUUCUAGUAUCGCCAAGGCGUCCCUUGCAGUUUAUCUGGCAUGCUCAGAAGCAAACAGAGCUGGCGUUGAUUCAAAUUAAUGUCUUAUCCGGCACGCGUGCACGCACAAUACUGCCUGUGUCUGUGUCAUUGGCAAGAAACCGACCAGUCUUAACAGAACUACUGCCUUGCUAACAUCACAGCUUAGAAACGAUCGAAGAUGUCAGUAAAGGUGGAAAAAGUUGCUCCAGCUAUUGAACUUGGCGAAGGUCCUCAUUGGGAUGUUAAAACCAAUAAAUUGUAUUACGUAGAUAUAAAUGCUCAAAAAAUUUUGAGACUAGAUCCUGUCACUGGAAAUAUCACAUCCGCUUAUUUGAAGGAUGGGCCAGUCGGUGUCGUUAUUCCAGUGGAGGGUACUACGGAUAAACUAGUUGUAGGAUGCGGCAGAGACGUAGUUUUGGUAACUUGGGACGGAGAAAAUGAUACAACUAGUCCUCCGGUCAAAAAGCUUUUAUCUUUAGAUACUGACCGCACGGACACAAGAAUAAAUGAUGGGAAAUGUGAUCCCGCUGGUCGCUUUUGGCUGGGCACAAUGGCGCUAGAAGUAAAUGAUGCUAUUGAACCCGACCGCGGCACUUUUUAUGCAGUGGAUCAAGAUCUGAAUUUAAGGAAGAUUAUUUCUCCAGUUUCCAUUAGUAACGGAUUGGCCUGGAGUUUACAAAACGAUGUUAUGUACUAUAUUGAUUCAAUGUCGUAUCAAAUUUGGGCUUACGAUUAUAAUCACAAAGACGGAGCAAUAAAUAAUAAGAGAGUUAUUUUCGAUUUGAAGAAAAACAAUAUUAAUGGAUUACCUGACGGAAUGACGAUAGAUGCUGAUGGUAAUCUAUGGGUUGCUUUGUUUAAUGGAGGCGCUGUAAUUCAAAUAGAUCCAAAAAAUGGUAAGCUAUUGCGAAAGGUCGAAUUACCAGUUGACAGGAUUACCAGUGUCGCGUUCGGGGAUCCUCAGUUUGAUACAUUAUAUGUAACUACUGCACAUGUUGGUAUGACUGCUGAAGAGAAAAAAAGUAAGCCAAACUCUGGAAGUCUUUAUGCAAUUAAAGGUCUUGGUGUUAAAGGUUGUCCUCCAACAAAUUUCAAAUAUAGUUAUUGACAAAUAUUUGUUAUUAACAUUAUCUGUACAUAUAUAUGUACUCUUUAAUAAAGAAAAAUAAGUUCAGCCUAA